UCUGUGUUAUUAAAAUGACCAAGUAUUGUAGAGAAAUGCUAAAUAAAUACACAAGACUGGAGGAUGUUUAUGCAGGAGAUCCACUUCUCAGGAAAUCUGUCGGUCUAGCUGUGAGUCUAUAAAAGGGAGGUGCAGUGAACAUGGAGCUCACAAACCGGAGAAGAAUACACCAAGCAGGGGUCAAGUCUUCAAAUCUGAGGAGAGAAAACCACUGUAAAAACACAAGGCUUUGCUUCAGUCUGACACUCCAGAGAUACGGGGAUUCACCAGAUCCUGUUUGAAGAUCACUGUCUACCAUUUAAGACAAGGAUGAAUACCACUAUCCAGUGCAUCAUUCUCCUGGCUUGCACUGCCAUUUGCACUUCAGCAACUAUCAAGCGCUGCCAUUGUGUAAAAACCAUAAGUAAGGUAAAUCCCUCUCUCAUCACUGAUGUCAAGGAGAUUGAUCCUCUUCCAUAUUGCAACAAGAAAGAAGUCAUUGUCACACUGAGAGAUAACAGCCAAAGGUGUCUUGACCCCAAUGGAAAAUUCACCAAAGGAUAUCUGCAAUGGAAGAGGGCACCCCGUGUUGAGAAGAUAAAAACCACCAGCCCAGAAACAGCCACAGUGUCAGCCACUGCAGUGCAAACAUCAUCAUAAUUGCUUGUAUUUAUCAUCCUUGCAAUUAAAAUGAGGUAUCAACUUGUAAGAAGAAAGAUCAUCAUACCUUUCCAAAGUAAGGGUAUGGUUGGUGUAGUGCCUGCUUGUUUCAAGAAAAUAAGAACGUACAUUAUUGAAACAAGUGAAAUUGUUUCACUUCACUUGGUAUGAGGUUUGCACAUUGGCAGCUAAAACAUGACAGCAGCCAUUACUGAGCAUUAACAAGGUACAUGUAUGAGGAUUAAUUUUGGUGGGAUGGGAAACUGUUCUCCCAGCUUGCGAUUUAUGCACGCUGACGAGACUGACAUAUUUCCAUAUUAAAAUACUGCCUUAAGAUUGAAUCCAUGUUUUUUUCUGUGGUAGUAUUAUAUGUGUGUCCUCAUUGCUGAGCUCUUAUUCGCUACAUCUUUAGGCACAUUAUAACAGUCUGUAAAAGCAUUGUUUGUGAUGUAAUUCAAGGUGCCAGAUAAUAAUGUGAAUGUCAUUACCUUUUUUGUAUUUUAGAAAUGACUUUAAAUGUGAACUGUUUUUUCUAUAAUGUUUUAUUACAAACAAACAUAUAUUUUGAGUGUAUAUAUCUAUAUAUGUGUUCUGUGUUUGUUUUUUAAAGAUUGAAAUAAUGUCUGAAGUGGGGCUUUUGCUCAAAACAUCACAAGGUGGUACACUAAUAAAUCACAGGAGCAUUA